AUGGCGACUUCAAUUGAUGACAAUGACACGACAAGAGUUCAGCAGGACAACCACAAGAAAGCUAGCUAUCAGAAUAACACUACGAACAAGCAAGAUAGUCAUGUCCAUGUGUUUCUAAGUCUGGAAUACCACGGGACCAAUUAUGGGGGUUGGCAACGACAAGGCCCCAAAAAUCACGUGGUGUAUCCCAGCGUCCAGGGAACUCUGGAACAAGCAGCCACGCAAGUGUGUCGGUCCUUUCACACUAGUAAUAGUCAGAUUCCACUAGUGGCAACAAACGACGAAACGGGGGACUGUGUGGCGGUUUUGAGUCAGAGCAGUGGAAGAACCGAUCGAGGAGUCCAUGCACUCGAUCAUCAGUGUGUAUUGAGACUUCCCUUUGCGGCAGCGUGUCAACACGAAGAGCCAUUCCAAGACUUCUUUGUAACAUCACCAUCACUAUUUCUCCGCCAACUCAAUCAGGCACUUCCUUCGGAUAUCCAUGUUCGGACCUGUCAGCUCGUCGCCAAUCGACAGCAACGCAAACAACUACGUUUUCUUCGCAAACGGUACACCUAUCUCAUUCAACAAGCACCACAGCAACAACACAAUCAUGACGACAACAACAACAACAACAACAACAACAAUAAACUACUCAAUCGACCCUGGCAUCCCUGGAACGAUUACACCUACUUUGUCAAGGAGACCAUGAAUGUCGACCACAUGAAACAAGCACUCCAGUACAUGAUGGGAACACAUGACUUUUUACCACUAGCGUGUGAAAAAGGCAUCAAAACCAGCAGUGGCAAAAAUGGGACACGGACAUUGCAUCAAGGGACCAUUACAGUCGUUAGUAGUACUACCGCGGGACAACAACCAGAACAACAACACAAACUUCCAUGGUUCUCUCAUGCCGUUCGACGACCACACGACGAACGAAACAAGAAAAAGAGAAAAAAGGAAACCAAUGACAAUAAGAGCAACAAAAAGGCGCUCAACAACAAUGCCAAGGAUGUACCAGCAUCGACUCUGGAAAGCUCUACAUCAACAACUACACAAGUAACACCAACACCAACGUCAGAAGCACCAGUGGCAGCGACAACAACAACAACCUCCGACACUUCACCACCCUGCAUUUUCGAACCGCCACUGUACGGUUCUCGUUCACAAAUACAACAACAACAACAACAACAACAACAACAAUCAUUACAAAUAAUAAACGAACGACCCAAAGUACAAGAAAACCAGAAUAGAUUGCAGCCGCAACAUUACACCAUCCUACAAAUCGAUCUCGAGGGGAAUGGAUUCUUGCGGCAUCAAGUACGACGCAUGGUCAGUGUACUCAUCAAAGUGGGCGCGGGAACGUGGCCGCCCGAAAUCGUACAACAAAUUUUAUCAAAGGGAGACCCCAAGUUCCUACAAGGAAUGGCAUUGGCGCCAUCCCGGGCGCUUUGGAAGACGCGAGUCACGCAUUCGUUCUUCUUGGUGCGUACUACUAGUGGGAGUGCUGCUAAUAAUAUUGAGGACGCUGUGGACGAUGGUGAGGACGAUGACGAAUGA